CGCAACAAGAGAAGAGACAGGCUGUAAACUGCAAAGGAAAAGGAACAAUCAAAUAGGGGAAGAGUAGUUGCUGGCAGUGGAAGGUUUGCUGGGAAAAAGAAACAGCUAAAAUGGCUUAUAUGAAGACUGUAACAGCAGGUCAAUCGUUUGAUAAUCAGGAUAAUUCCACUUUGGCUCUACCGCCGCCCGAAAGAUUGAGCACUUUGGCCCGAGUGGAUAGUGAACGCAGAGUCAACAACCAAGUACGCAUGAUGAUGCAGAAUAAGAAAAAUCAGUCGACUAUUAAAAGAGACGCGUCAAAUGGGCAAUGGAAUGCAAGCCAAAAAGACAUUAUUGACCUUGGAAAUAGAAUGCAAAGUUUUACUAUGAAGAUCCAAGGGUCUCAGAGGCACAAGACUUCACUCUAUGACGGUACUAUGAAUGGAUUUUCUAAAGUGGAAGACAACUAUCUUUAUGGAACUGGAAUCGCAAGAGGGAAACGGCACAAGAGUGUGUUAACUUCAUACAGUGUGAAGGGGAGCAGAUCAACUAGUGCCCCAUCAUAUCACAAAUAUUCUGGUCCAUACAGUCCACAAGGUGAUGAUGUCUUUGCCUAUGGCAUUUCAUCCAGCCGAAGUGAACCAGAUCUUCUUAAUGUUGGAACUUCAGCAACAAUUAAACGAUUAAGAAGCCAGCGCAGAUCGUUAGGCCGGAGCAGGCGUUACUUUGGGAGAGGAUCCAGGUCCAUGCGGUCUCAUACUCUUCCAGAUACCAGAAGUCCUGAAAACUCUAGGUUUAAACAGUCAAUCAUGCAGCUUCAAGCUCCAAAGAGAGAUGGUUCCAGAAGGAAAGUAGAUGGAGUGCGAGAAAUCAGUGGAGACUUUAAUUUACAUAAAGCGGUGGCUCUUUUAAGCAGUCCAGAUCACAGUACUCUGGUUUCUGCUUCUUCCUACAUACAGAAUGAAUGUUUUAAGGAGGACAGCGCUAAAUCAACGAUUUACCAAUUGGGUGCAAUCCCUCAACUAAUUAACCUUUUGAAAGUCAAUAGUAUCUAUGUUCAGCAGUCAGCAUGUGCAGCCCUCCGAAAUGCAGUCUUUAGGAAUGCCACCAACAAGUUGGAGGUAAAGAAGCACGAUGGAAUCAAACAAAUACUUCAGCUGCUGAGAGAAACAACUGACCCAGAAACAAAGAAGCAAAUAACUGGACUUUUGUGGAACCUUUCAUCAUGUGACACUUUAAAGGACGAUCUAAUUAAGGAUGCCUUAACAAUACUGACUGACUCCGUGAUCAUUCCAUAUGCUUCAGUUAAAAAUCAAGGAACCAUGGACUCAGAAAUAUUUUACAAUGCUUCAGGGUGUUUAAGGAACCUGAGCUCAGCUGGGCAGAGCAGCCGGCAGCAGAUGCGAAACACUCCUGGUUUUAUUGAUUCUCUCAUGUCUCAUGUUCAAGGAUGCCUUGCUGUGGAUCAAGCUGAUGAAAAGUCUGUUGAAAACUGUGUCUGUAUCCUCCACAACCUCUCAUACCACUUGGAUUCAGAAGUGCCAAGUGCAUUUGCCCAUCUCAGUGAGCAAGCAGAUGUGCAGCAUACCAAAAAAAUGUCAAAGAUGUCUUCUGUAGGCUGUUUCAGUCCUGGAGCAGAUUAUUUUGAGGAGACAGAUUUAUGUAAUACGUAUUUCACUCAAGAGGAUGACAAUCCCAAAGGAGUUAACAACCUCUUCCAUUCGAAAGCAGUUAAAAUGUAUGCAUCACUGUUGGAUAAAUCCAAGUCUGAUGCAACAUUGGAAGCCUCUGCUGGAGCUCUGCAGAAUCUGACAGCCGGCAACAAAGUGUCGUCCUAUCUGAUGAGUUCGGCACUAGUGGACAGAGAGAAGGCAAGUCCAUGGGUGGCAAAGCUUCUCCAAUCUGGUAAUGCAAAUGUACAGAAGACAGCAGUUUUAUUGCUGAAUAAUCUGUCACGGCACAGUAAUCUCCAGCCACAAUUGGCUUCUCAGAUGUUACCAGGGUUAGCACGGCUUCUCCCUAGUGGACACAAUAGUACAGCUUCAGAUGACACCAUCGCUUCUGCCUGUAACAUUAUGCGAAAUCUGAUUCCUAAUAACACCAGCUUGGCAAAAACAGUGCUGCAGGGUUCUGUGUUGAAAAAUCUGAUGGGUCUAAGCAGAUCCAGCACACAUCCCUCAGCUGGGAAAGCUGCCUGCCUUUUCCUGUAUGAAAUGUGGAUGCAGAAAGAUCUGCAGAGUUUCUUCAAGAAGGAAGGAUUUUCAAAGAAGAACUUUGUAAAUGAUUUGACAUCGUCUGCAAUCAAAGUAGCACAACAGAAUGCUUUAGGAUUCAUGAGCAAAAAGUUCUGAAAUAAUAAAAGUGCUCAAAAGGUGGAUUUGAAAAUCUAUGACGAGUAAAUUUCUCUUCAACAGACUCCUGUUGCAUGGACUGAACACUGGGAAAAAAUAAGAAAAUCUAGUGGGUUUAUGGUGGGGAGAGUGAAAUUUAAAAGUAAUAUUUUUUUAACAUUUGUUUUACUUUCUAGAAUUCUAUUGCAAGUUAAAAGUUCUAUACUUUAUAAGCUUGAGAGGUAUAUCUCAUUGAAAAAUGUUCUUCAGAGUAUCUCUUCAUCCAAAUUUUUGGAUUUUUGCAAGUUUGCUAAUGCUUUAAGUUUGCUGUGGGGUAUUUUGGAUGUCAAUAUUAGUGACUUUAAGAUUUUUGUAAAUAAAUUUGAUAUUUUGAUCAUUGUUACAACCAAAAAAAACCUUUUUUUUUAAGUAAAUUAAGUUUUGUACUUGGGUAUGUUCCAGCUGGCUUCAGCUGUCUUAUAUAAUUUUAACAGACAUCAAUUUGUCAACUGCUUCUUGGAAUAGUCCUUAAAAAUGCCAGAGAGAUGAAAUAGUUGACAAAGAUAGGAAAGGUACUCCCAAAUUGAUCCAAGGCUUACAAUGACAAUGUAAUUUUAACCUAUAAAAUGAUAAAGCGCUUUUUUUUUGCUGGUUUGUUUUCCUGUGUUUAAUCUAUAAACUUAGUUUGUAGACAUGUCAGUCACACUAUGUGAUAUGCAUGAUCAGGAGAAGUAUCUUUUUUAAUUGCCAUGAUAAAACAAUAUGAGGAAUAUAAGUUUGUAUAUCUGCCUUUAGUUUCAUAGCAUUUUAUAUUUAUGGGAUUGAUUCACUCAAUUGGCUGGAUGGUGUUUAAAGAAAAAUGGUGGUGGGGGGGAAGUAACAUGACUACUUUACAAGUGCUUGAGCAAGGAUAAACAGAAGUAACUAUGCAGAUAUGGGAUGAUUUACUUUUGAAGUCAUUGAAUCUUGGCUUGGCUUGCUUGCCUUGUCUUAAUAAGAUUAUUUUAAGUGACAAUUCUAAAGCAACUUGAGUGUCAAGAAUACCAGUUUAUGUUGUGUAUUCAGAGUUCUUGAGUGAAAAGAAUGUCUAACUGUAGCUCUAAUUAAAUGUCUUCCCAUUUUCUCAGUUGCAUAAAUGUUUGCAUGAUCCAGCUACCUUCAAUAUACACUCGUUCAAACAUUGAAUGUUACUGCAUACUUUCGCUAAAACUGCAAUAGAUUGCAUCCUAGUUGAAAGAAUUUGAACCGAGACACAUUUCAAAUAACGUUUUAUAACAAAUUACUCUGCUCUUUUAAAAAAAAAUCAAUGUAUUCUUCUGGCAUAUAUUUGAUUUGAUUAAUUUUUAACUCUUUAUUAAAAUUAAAAGUUCACUUGCAGCAAAACUUUGAAAGACGUGAUUGAAAACAUUUUAUAAAUGUUAUACCUCUCUCCACUAGGUUCAUGAUAAAUAAUUCAGUAUUUACUUCAAAAAUGUUAAAAGGUUUCUGAGCUAACUUUUUAUAGUUAUGGAAAAUGUAUGUGUAGAAAGUUCAUACAUGUUUAAUGCUUUUUGCUUGACUUUGGGAAUUUUCACUAUACUCUUGUGUUAAUAAAUUUGGGCUUGCUAACAAUUUCUGUAGCUGUGUCAGCUGUGAAAUUUGACUUUAGCAUCCUGAAAGAUUUUCCACAAAUGUAAACUACUUGUACAAUACAUAAAU